AUGGGCAAGAAAAGAAAGGCCUCGAGCGGUCCGCCGCAACCCAAGGGCCCACGCGAGUACGACCCCGCCGACGCUCGACUUGGCCCUGUCAACACCUUUAAAGACCUUGCCGACGACCAAGAACGCCACUUCCUGGAACAAGAUGAGAUCCUCUUCGACGAUGGCGCACCCAAGUCCAAGCGACGAAAGGCCUUAGAGGACGAAGAGGAUUUCCUCGACAACUCGGACGAGGAGAUUCUCGACUACGGCGACGAUGGCUCCGAAGAUGACGAGGAAGAAGAAGAAGAAGAGGAAGAAUCCGCUCCGAAAGCGAACAAACCGAAAUCCGCGAAGUCCGCGAAGCGGAAAGGCGACGAGAGUGAAGAGGAGGAAGGCGAUACUGGCUUCUGGGGUUCGUCCCGGAAAGACUACUACAAUGGAGACCAGAUCGAGACAACCGUGGACGCCGAGGAGGAGGAAAACGAAGCAAGGCGGUUGCAACGGAAGAAACUGUCCAAGAUGACUGAGAAGGAUUUCUUCAACGAGGACGAAUGGCUUGCUGCUGAGCCCGAAGAUGCGGAGCAGGACGAGGUCGUGACCGAAGUCAUGGACGUGCAGAUUCCCGCUGAUAUGGGUCCCGACGAACGGUAUCGGCUGUUACAGGCUAGAUACCCAGAGCUUCCAUUUCUCGCCGACGAACUGCUGCAGCUGCAGCCUCAACUCGUCGAGCUCCAGAAGGAGGCAGAGGGACAGGAGUUGAAGAACCUCAAGGUGGUCAAAUACCGGAUCUUAUCAUCAUAUGUAGCGACCUUGGCCAUGUAUUUCGCCAUUUUAACCUCGCCAGCUAGAGAUAGCACUGGUGUGAUGAAGGCACUGGACCCGGCAGAGUUACGAGAUCAUGAGGUCAUGGGGACGCUCUUGGAGUGCCGUGAGGCAUGGAAGAAGGUAGAGCACAUGAACGCACCCGAGAAAGCAAAGGCUGCCGACAGUUUGUCAUCACCACCGGAAGAUGAAUUUGAUGUUGCUGGAGAAGAGGAGAUGCUCGCUCCACAGCCUGUCAAGGAAACCAACAAGGAGAAGAGGGCAAAGGCUAAGGCGGAACGGAAGGCGAAGGCUAUCGAGGAGUCCUUUGCUGAUCUCGACUCGCUCAUUGCCACGAACAAGAAGCCGAAGAAGAAGACAUCAAAACUGGAGCCUGUUGCAGAUGACGACAACUCUGACUUUGGAGAAGAGGAGACUAUCGAUGCUCGAGUGGCCGCCGACAAGGCAGCGCGCAAGAAGAGUCUCCGAUUCUACACCUCACAAAUCGUGCAAAAGGCAAACCGUCGGGCCAAUGCGGGUCGAGAUGCAGGUGGUGAUGAGGAUAUACCAUACAGGGAGCGUCUCAGGGAGAGACAAGCACGCCUCCUCGCGGAAGCCCAGAAGCGUGGCAAGAUGGAUUCAAAGCACGGCGCCGAUCUCGGAGAUGCUAGCGACGAGGAGGACGAACGCGUUGCCAAUGCUGUCAGAGGCCAAGAUGACGAGUACUACAACAUCGUAGCCGCAUCAUCGAACAAACGGAAGGACGAGAAGGCUGCCAGAGCUGCAGCUCACGCCGCCGCCGGCGUCCGGGAUCGCGUGGUAGAGGUGGAAGAGGUGGCGCCCGAUGGGAAGCGACGGAUCAACUACCAGAUCGAGAAAAACAAGGGACUGGCUCCCAAGCGCAAGAAGGAGGUCAGGAACGGUCGCGUGAAGAAGAGAAAGCAGUACGAUACCAAGAAGAAGAAGCUUUCUUCUAUGAAGGCGGUGUACAAGGGUGGCGAGGGUCGCGGCUACUCGGGCGAGACUACUGGUAUCAAGAGCGGGUUGAUCAAGAGUGUCAAGCUAUAG